AUGGAAGUGAAAAGAAUUCUAGUCCUCUCUUUAUGCGUAGUUGCUCUGAGCACGUUUGUCCAGACACAACCAGCCGCCGAGACGACUGAUCGUAACUUGGCAAAGAAAGUGGAAGAAACAAAUAAAAUAAGAAAUGCGCUGACUCCCGUCGCUAACACCACUGACCUGAAUAACACCAAAUACUCCACUGACUCCGUUGAGACCACUGAUAUCGCCAAUUAUCCAUAUUAUGAAAAUUGCGAUCAGUACUACGACGAUUGCUGCUGUGACUGUUGGAGGGAUUAUUGUCAAAGAUCAACAUACUGUGAUCCAUGCCUUCAUUACCAACCGGAAAUGCAAAUGAUCCGCGAUUUCAUGCAAACCAUGCCUUCGAUCGGCAUCGACUACGUCGACCUUCUCCACGAACAAAGUCCCAAACUUAUUAAAUUCAUCUUCGACAAUCACGAGGAUGUCAAAAGUCUCAUUGCCGCAGCCCAUCCUUACACAACAGCUCAUUUUAUGAAAACUGUCGACAAUUUCGGAGUGAUUUUGUCAAGAUUUGAGGGAAGAUACAUCGAGACUAUCUUUGUCAAAAUAUCUAACCCAUGCCAGUAUUUCCUGAGUCUGCCGAAGAAGUGUGAGCCAAUCACAUUCCGGCACGAAGAGUAUAUAAGGCCAUCAAGAUUCUGCAAGUGCUAUCUUAUCGAAAUGAAAUUAACAAAUUUGUUCAUUUUUUUCUUGGUCUUCGUAAUUGCCUCAAACGAAUUCGCCCAUGCGUUUCUAUUUUUUGGGCAUUACACCACAUACAUAUAUGAUACUACAAAGCCGACAACAACCACAACUACUACAACGACGACACCAGCACCAACUACUACAACGACGACACCAGCCCCAACUACUACAACGACGACACCAACAGAAGACACGAAAUCGUUGAGUACCACAACUAGUGAGCCAAAUCCAUAUUAUAGCUCAAAUGCAGAUUGCGAGAAAUAUCAGAAAGUCCCCAAAAAUAUUACCUGCAUAUAUAACCCGUGCUGUCACUUGCAGCUUCGCGAUUUCAUCCAAACCAUGCCCAAUAUCCGUACCGAUCUCGUCUACCUUCUCUACGGCAAAAGCCCUACACUCCUCAAGUACAUCUUCUACUAUCAUGAGGACAUCAGGGCUCUCAUUGGCGCCGCUGACUGUUGCACAAUAACUUACUUUAUGGAGAAUGUGGACACCUUCGGAGACAUGUUGGCCAGCUUCGAGGGAGAGUACAUUGACUGGUUCUUUGGAAAGCUUUGCAAUCCAUGCCAGCACUUCUUCAGGCUCUCCAAGAGUGUUCGCGAUAGACUUCUUGCCAAGAGUCGUGUACUAUCUUGCUGCUUCCAGUCACAUUACCGUCCCAAUUACCCAGUUUCCUGA